AUGGCGAGUGAGGUUCGGCUGGAGCGGGAAAGAGUGUCUGCGGAAACUUUCGGGAACAUCGUCCAGAGCCUUCGAGGCAAUCGUAUCACCGAGGAAGAACUUCAGGGCAUUUUGGAAGAAGUUCCCCCCGACAGCGAGGGCCUGCUGAGCUGCCGGAAGCUGGCCCUCUGCCUCGAGCGCCGGGACGCUCGCGCGCGCGGUUUUGGCCCGGGCCUGCUCGGCCGGGCCUUCGGGCGCUGUUUGCCCCGGAAGGCGGGCCGCAGCCAGCGAGCAGAGGUGCGCCCCUCUACAUCAGAGCGGGAGAUGGUCGGGAGCAAUGCUGACAAGGCCUUCCAAACGGAAGAGGCCGUGCCGAGUGCACCAGCUCCCGACGUUGCUCCCGCUCAGGAUGAUGCUGCUGCAUUGUCGGACAUCCACGUGGUGCCACCUUCGCGGACCUCUUGGGCUCAGAGCUGUGCCACCGACAGUGCUUCUGCAGACGAAGAGCGUCGGCGAUUCGGCGGCCCUGAGGAUGCACCGGAGGACAACCCCACGACGUCUGGACUUCGUGACUCUGCCGAGGCCCACGACGAAGGGGUGACGAUCGAUGGCGGGAAGCUGAUGGAGAUUUGCGAGAGCGGCUCAUGCGCCCACCCAGAUCCAGGUUCUCCGAAAUCGGAGGAGGAGUACGACCUGGCUGACAAGAGCAAGCUGGCAGCCUUCCUCGAGGAUGACAUCUACUUGGUGCGCCCCUCUACAUCAGAGCGGGAGAUGGUCGGGAGCAAUGCUGACAAGGCCUUCCAAACGGAAGAGGCCGUGCCGAGUGCACCAGCUCCCGACGUUGCUCCCGCUCAGGAUGAUGCUGCUGCAUUGUCGGACAUCCACGUGGUGCCACCUUCGCGGACCUCUUGGGCUCAGAGCUGUGCCACCGACAGUGCUUCUGCAGACGAAGAGCGUCGGCGAUUCGGCGGCCCUGAGGAUGCACCGGAGGCACGCCAGGCCGCGACCGAGGACAACUCCACGACGUCUGGACUUCGUGACUCUGCCGAGGUCCCCAACGAACGGGCGACGAGCGAUGGCGAGAAGCCGAUGGAGAUUUGCGAGAGCGACUCAUGCGCCCGCCCAGAUCCACGUUCUCGGAAAUGGGAGGAGGAGUACGACCUGGCUGACAAGAGCCAGCUGGCAGCCUUCCUCGAGGAUGCUGACAUCUAUUUGGGUGGCCCGGGCACACGGAGGAUCUCGAAAAAAGCUCUCCACAUCAUCGUCAGGAACCUCAAAGGCGACCGCUUCACUGUGGGUAUGCUCCAGGUCAUCUUGCAAGAGGUCGGCCCCGAUCGCGAGGGGCUGCUGAACUGUGAGGAAUUGGCACGCUGCCUCCGCUCGGAUCCACCUCCGAAGCCCCAAGAGGACACCUUGCAAGAAGUUGUUCCCGAUCGCGAUGCUCAGGAGCCGCAGAAGUCCAAGCGCUACGACCUGGCUCAGAAGCAGGGGCUGGCAGACUUCCUGAUCCACGCGGACAUCCGCCUUGUGCGAGCCCACUUCAUUCUGAAGCUGCACCGGGAAGGACAGCGCCUCCCACGCCGGCAGGAAGCGGAGUCCGCCUACGUCGAGGGCCACACAGCACUGGUGACCCACGAGGAGGUCCAAGCUUGGGCCGAUGGCGUGGCCCCGGAAGGCACCAAGAUAGUCUCACUGUCCCACUGCUGGGAAUCCAAAGAGCAUUGUGAUCCCCUCGGGUAUCAGCUCGCCAAAAUCACAACGGCCCUUACAGGAAAGGAGUGGCUUUUUAUCGACUACACGUGUCUUUUCCAGUUCCAGCGCCUCCUCCAGAAGGAGAAUGACAGCUUCAGGCGGGCGAUGCAGCACAUGCAUGUGCUGUACUGCCACGACGCCACGAGCACCCUCCGAAUCGAGUCUCUGACGCCGAAAGCGGACAUAGAAGACGCCGAAAAGAAGGGUGACUGUGUGAUGAUUUAUCAUCAUUCCAGUGGCCUUGUGGAAAAGGUGCCGGUGACUGAAUUGGUCAUGAACCGCACUCCAUACACACAGCGUGGAUGGUGCAUUGCCGAAAGGGAAUGGUCCAGCACCCGGGCAGCCACCAACCUGUCGCGUGAAGUAGAUGCCUCGGAAGGAGAGAAAGGGGGAAUCGCCCCAAUGGUGCCGGACGCAUUUCGAAAGAGCGUCGCACACCAACUCAAGUUUACUCACAAAAACGACAAAGAAACCGUCUGCAGAUUGCAGGAGGAAGUGUACAAAGAGAAGGCAGAAACGUGCAGGAACCUGAGGCUAGCAGAUCUGGGAGCAGAAGCACUCGAGAUCGGCCUGUCUUCUCUCGAGCUCUACCCGAUCCUGGAGAGGUUGGAGAUCACGCAGUGCGAGCUCACCCCAAAGCUCCCACUGCUGUUCAAGGCGGUGGAGGAGAAAAAGCUUCCGCAGCUCCAACUGCAGCACAACAACCUCUCCGAGGAGGCUGCAUGCCAGCUCGCGGAGGCUUUGCAGACCAACGCGACACUUUCGGUACUGAGCCUUGACCAUGAGCAUAUCGGCGUCGGUGGUGUGAAGGCUUUGGCACAGGUUCUCCAGGACAACAGCUCUUUGACCGACCUGACCCUGAACAAUGUCGGCUCGGGCAACGAGGGAGUCAGCCAUCUCGCGGAGGCACUCCAACACAACACAGCACUGCAGCGGCUGAGCCUCGUCAAUGAAAUCAUGACGGAAGGCGGCGCUGAAUCCCUGUGGGAGGCGAUGCAGGCGAACAGCACGCUGAUCAAGCUCGACCUAAGUGCGGACCUGAAGGCGGCAUUCGCGAUGGCCAGGGCGGUGCGAUCCCGACCCGGUCAGGCUAAGUGCGAAGUCGUCCAUCCCGCUUGGGAGCUCUUCCUGGACCUGAAG